AAUAAAAUAAUAUAACUUAUAUUUGUCUUAAUUUUGAAAUAAAAAAUAGAAAUUGAAAUGUGAAACAAAGGUUUGACUGUGCAUUUUGACCAAGCUGUCACUGCUGACCAUCUUACCUGUCUUACGUGUCCGCUAUUUUAUCCUCAUUUUGAAAGGGAAAUUCCUCCCUCCUUCCCAUUGCUUUAAAAUGAACAUAUCUAUUUAUUUAUUUUCGUUAUUUUCUACAAAAAUAAACUAUACUCUCUCUGAAAAUUCUGGUGAGAAACGAUGCCGUACUGCGACGUCGGAACUACCAACAAUGGUAUCAAGAUUUUCUACAGAACCUACGGCGGCGGACCCGUUAAAGUUCUCAUGAUCAUAGGAUUGGCCGGGACACACGAUUCAUGGAAGCCACAAAUCGAGGGGCUGGUUGGGACGACGCAGGCGAAUGAUAUUGAUGAUAAUCGGAGCUCCGAAGACGGUGUGUGCAAUGGGAAUGGGAAUGGGAUAGAAAUUUGUGUUUUUGAUAAUCGAGGAAUGGGUCGAAGCUCUAUACCUAAAAACAAAUCUGAAUACACAACUAAAAUCAUGGCUGCAGAUGCAAUCUCUGUAAUGGAGCAUUUAGGCUGGAAGAAAGCUCAUGUAUUUGGGCAUUCAAUGGGUGGUAUGAUAGCUUGCAAAGUGGCUGCUGUUUUCCCAGAUAGGGUUCUGUCCUUGGCUUUGCUAAAUGUAACCGGUGGAGGCUAUGAAUGUUUCCCCAAGUUUGAUCGUCAAACCUUAUCCAUUGCAAUGCGUUUCUUGAUGGCCAAAACUCCAGAGCAAAGGGCAGCUGUUGAUCUAGACACUCAUUACACACAGGAAUAUCUAGAACAACAUAUUGGAGUUAAAACAAGAAGACAGGUAUUAUAUGAGGGAUAUGUGGAAGGGAUAUCAGCAACUGGGAUGCAGUCAAAUCAUGGGUUUGAUGGCCAGGUGAACGCCUGCUGGACACACAGAAUUUCUAAAAAAGAAGUUGAAGUGAUUGGCAGCCAUGGUUUCUUGAUAUCAGUCAUUCAUGGGAGGUGUGAUGUGAUUGCUCAAAUAUCUCAUGCAAAAAGGCUUGCACACAGACUUUAUCCACUUGCAAAAAUGGUAGAGCUUCCAGGAGGUCAUCUUGUGAGUCAUGAGAGGAGUAAAGAGGUGAAUGAAGCUCUACUGGAUUUGAUCAAAGCAUCAGAAACCAAGACAAGCCCUUUUGACUGGACUAAUUUAUCCCCAAAGCCAAACACAUCUACCUCUAGCUGUUGGGCAUCAUCAUCUAGCAGCAGAUUAAAUUCAGAGACAGAAAGCACCAAUUCUGGGAUUGCAGAGAAGACGAGAAUUAUGAUUCUCUAUCUAUUGGGCUUAUUUUUGGUGGUAUUUGAGUACAUAAAAAGAGCAAGAGUUUUGGGAUGUCUAAAGCCAAUCAGGACAACUAGGAAUGAAACCUAA